UAUCCACAGAGAAAGCAGCACAAUCUCAAGCGACAACAAGGAAACCCGAGCAUUUUUUAUAUUUUUUUGCAAUGCAUUGUUAUUUAUCUUUGCUAUUUGGAAUCUAACGUCCUCAAAUGAGUACGCAGGGUUUCAGGAGGAUAGACAUAAUUUGUGUUUUAACCUCACAGACAAGCGUCUUUUUGACAAUUUGUCAAAAUGUGGACUCGCCGGCUGCUCUUUAGGAUUCUUUUUGUAAGAUUUGUCAAGAAACCGGACGCUUGGAUUUUUUUCCCCUAAGUGAGCCAUGGAUUGCUACUUCCUAUCGUCGGUUUGUGCCUAGCUGAGACCUCAAGCUUGGGUGGCGUGAUGACAUCAUUUCAGCGGAGACACCCAAUAAUCCGCACGGUCAAAGCAGUCAUGAGGUCUGGAAAUAUUUUGAAAUAUGGACUGAUCAUCCUGACCCUGUUUGGCUUCAUCUUCCUGCUGCAAAAUAUUUCAAAUGAGGAGAACUGGAAGUACCACGCAGGGGCAGCACUGUACAAGUUCCAGAACCGGAUCCAAUCAAUCACCUGUCAACGCCGCCCGACCUUUCACCAAAAUCACUCCUUCUGUUCCCAUCUUGGCCAGCCGCCGUCAUCGAUGGAAGCGCUGGAGGAGCAGGAACUUUUGGACAUGAUCGAGUGGCCCCGACUGCCCUCCGGCUCGGUGACCCCCGCCCUUUCACAGAGCAGCGACCCUGCGCACAGCCUCUUUUCUAUCGUCCCCUCCAAAAAUGGAAAACGUUGGUGUGUUGGAGACCAACUGGAAGCGCUGGUCCACCUGCACGACUUCAAGGGCCGACCCAAGCGCUACGGCGGCGAUUUCCUGUUGGCUCGCUUGCACUGGCGAGAGUACGAGGCUGGCGUGGUCGGGCGAGUGCUGGACCACGAGAACGGACUUUAUACAGUUCGUUUUCCCCUGCUGUGGGAGGGUUCGGCUCAGGUGGAGGUCACCAUGGUGCACUCGAGCGAGGCCGUGGCGGUGCUGCGGCGGUUGAGGGAGAAACGGCCCGAUCGGGUCUUCUUCGUCAGCCUCUUUCGCUUAGGCCUUUAUUCAGAGACGACGGUGUGCAACGUGUGCCUUCCGCAGGACCAUGGCCCGCUGUGCAACUAUACAGACCUUCGCACAGGCGAGCCGUGGUACUGCUACAAGCCGAAAGGGCUCAGCUGCGACACCCGGAUCAACCAUGCUAAAGGAGGGUACCUCAAAAAAGUCAUCACCAAGAAGGAAGCUUUGCUCUUUCAGAGUGGCCUGAACGUCAAAGUUCCCAUCCAAGCUUCUGGAACCGACACCAUCAAAGUGCUGACCUCCAGGAAAGAAAACAGCAGUGAAAAUCUGGAUCCUGCGAAGUUAGCGACGUCGGGGUACUACUACCGGGGCGCUUGGAGGCCAUUGGAAGGCAUCACCAUGCAGCAGUUUGACAGGGCGUCUGCAGUCACUCGGUGUUUGGCUAACAAGAGAGUCAACAUGUAUGGGGAUUCCACCAUGCGCCAGUGGUUUGAGUACCUGCUCACUAUACUUCCAGAAAUGAAGGAAUUCAACCUGGAGAGUCCGAAAAAAGUUGGACCCCUAAUGGCGGUGGACAGCACACACAACAUCCUGUUGCAGUAUCGCUGCCACGGCCCACCCAUCCGCUUCUCCACUGUCCUGGCCAGCGAGUUGCGCUACAUCGCCAACGAGCUGGACGGCCUUACCGGCGGGCCCAACGCAGUUGUGGCCAUCAGCAUCUGGUCUCACUUCAGUACCUUCCCCGUGGAGGUGUACAUACGCCGCCUCCGACACAUCCGCAAGGCUGUGGUGCGACUCCUGGACCGGGCGCCAGGGACGACGGUGGUGGUCCGCACGGCCAACCCUCAGGCUUUGGAUCACGACGUCAGCCUGUACAAUAGCGACUGGUUUUCAUUGCAGCUGGACGAGGUGCUUCGCGCCAUGUUCAAGGAUCUGGACGUUUUGCUGGUGGACGCCUGGCAGAUGUGUGUGGCGCACCACCAACCACACCAUCUGCACCCUCCUGCAGCCAUUGUGAAGAACAUGGUAGAGUUGAUGUUGUCCUACGUUUGUCGAGACAGGACCAGAACGAAGCUAUGACUUUGGAAAGCAAAAAUAGUUAUGAAAUGGUAAUGCAAAAGUCAACAAAACAAAACAUAUUGGAAACAUUUGGCGAUUUUGAACAGGGGAACUUAUUUUUUGCCUUUUAAAAGUAUGACUUUAUUCUCUAAAUAGUACAGCUUCCGUAGCAUACAUUGUUUUAAUUUAUUGAGGAAAAACGUUACAGAAAUGACUAAAGGACAUGCAGCUACCAGCCAAAGAGGUGCUCAUAGAUGUCCAGUCCAUUUCAACUGGAGGGAUGGCAGCAAUCAUUUGCUUUUUUUUUUUUUUUUUUUUUUGGAAGGGGGGUGCAAACCCCAUGAGUGAAAGUUUCUGAGGUGAGAGUUGAUUUAAAAUCUUGGCUUCAGCAAUAAUAAAAUACUUCCGUUUCAUUGCCAUUGAAGGUGAUAGAUGUCCAAUCCAUUUGAACUGAGGGGAUGGCAGAAAUCGUUUGCUUUAGUGUUGCACCGAUACCUGGCUGUGCAGUAUCGGCCGAUAUCAUACUGAUACCACUUUGUUUAAAAUUUAUAUGGUCAAGUAUUCUGCUGUCUAUGUAUAUGGCUGAAAACACUCAGGUGACUUGAAAUUCCGCUCUGAGACCCCCAAUUUGGCCAAAUUUCAAAACUGUUCGAUAUGCAUGUGUGAUACAUCAUUGGAAAAAUUAAAAUCUCAAUUUUCUUGGGGAAGAAAGGUUUUGGACAGGAGGGCAUUUAAAAAAAAAAAAAAACAAAGUUUUUUAAACACCAAAACCCUAUACGGAGGUGAGAGCACGCAAGAGCAGAUUUAUAGACGCCAUGACUUUAACGAGAUAUUAUCGCGUACUUACCUCUUUUCGAUCCAAAAACUCCAUGUCGCAUGUAUCACUGAGUGUCAAGACACAGCUGUGAAUGGCCACAGCUGGAUUUUUGGGGGAUUUUAUGGGUUAAACAUGGUAAUGUAACAAGGGUCGUGAUGCAGAAAUCGCAGACAUCAAGGAACGGUCGAGAUUUUCUUUUUCAUAAAUUUACCCUUUAAAAUGUUUUUUUAUUUUUUUUUCUUAGUUUGGAUCGAUUAUUUAUCAUCUAAAAUAUCAGGAAAAAUGCGACAGUAACAAAAAAAUACAAUUUAGUGAAAGUUAUUAGGUAAAUAUCCAUGACUUUUUUUACAGACACCAUUUUUUUCAUUGUGACGUAAUUUGUUUAAAAGUUUAAAAUAUGCGAGUGAAUAAUUUUUUAAAGUCUUUUUUUUUUUUUUUUUUUUUUAAACAAAAUAUU